AUGGAACUGGAACUUGAUAAGACAACACAUUAUUCACUUUUAGGAGUACACUUUGAUGCCACCAAUGAGGAAAUUUCCAAAUCCUACCGUAAGCUUGCUAUGAAACUGCAUCCCGACAAAUCAAAAUCGGAUAAAUGUGAAGAGCUUUUCAAGUUAGUGGUGCAUGCACACUCUGUGCUCACAAACGGAGAGGAGAGAGCUAAGUACAAUAAGGUGCUAAUUUCCCAAGGGAUCUACGAACGUGGGUCUGACCCAGCGGGCAAGUCAUUACAUACAAAAGCCAAUCCAUUUGCUAAUAAGACUCGGAAGAGUAAACCUUACGAACAGCAACCGUAUGGCUUUGGGUUUGAGAAUGAAAGAGCACCGGACCACACUCAUAAGACUACACAACCGACUCAUGGAAAGACUAAGGGCGCGAAUUCCAAGUCUUUCAAUUUGAAAUCGUAUCAGAGGCAACAACACGAUCAUAAACGUGACGAUGAGGAAAUGACCGAUCCUGGUAAAAGGCGAAGAAAUGGCGGUAUUAAUGAUGAGCAGAAUCCGAUCGAAUCUAUUCCUUGUAAAGACAAAACAAGAACAACGCAAGAACCCACCUUUGAAAAAGAUCCGGGGAACACGGCAUCCGUUGGUGGUAAUACUAAUCAAGAAGAACGGGAAAGAAGAGAAACUGUGGCCGAAGAAGAAUUCCCAGCAAAGAAGGGAAGAUGUGCUUCUACACCGAGCCCGUCUUAUAGUCCAGAGUAUAUAUCUCCUGGGCCAAGUACAUUCCCUACAAAUGGUGAUGACGAGGAGGAAAGUGCGGGAGAGGAGAAAAUUUACACUUCCGAUGCGGAUGAUGAGGUAGUAUUUAAGAAGAAACAUGCUCGAGAAAGAGAGACUGAUGAUACCAAGGGUGAUCCAGCAUGGUCUCCACGGUUUCGUCAUUACGCGAGAGCUAAAUUCAAAAAAAGGGAAUCUGACAAAAGAUCUACCUCACCCGUUAAGCUGGCUCCUGCUAAUUACGAUACAGCGAUUAUAGAGGAUUGGAAUUCCAGCAUACGAGAUAUCAUUAAUAAAUUGAACUCUCUAGACCGGAAACAGAGCAACAAACGGGGAGCAGAGGCGAAGAGUGAGGAUAUUUUAUUCGAUAUGCAACACAUCAACGAUUCGUUAGAGUCCAUACCUGUUCGAGAGACUAAGAGGGCCAAAGUGUUUGACAACGAUGAUGUAAUGUUGCAUGAUCCGGUCAACCAGACUCUACCAAGGGUGUACAAACCAGAGUCAAUAGAAAGCAAUGAUCUGUGCAUCCAAAGUGACGUAUUAGCAACACCACUUCCUGAAAUCCCAAAUCUACAAGUGGAUAUCCUCGAUACGUUUGAGUUGCAGAAAUUGAACAAUGCGGUCAUUCAGUUCAACGAACAAUGCAGUGUUUUCAAGAGGAAAGCCUUGACUUGCUACAUGAACAGGGUAAUCUCAGACAUCCAACACACGGAUAAACUCACCAAAGUGGAGAAUUUUGGCCAGUGCAUAGCGGGGAGGAACUUCGACGCUGAACUUGUGGGUAGAAUCCACGAACUGGAGUAUCGACAAAACAUGGUCGCACAGACUUUCACCAGCCUAAUGAAAACGUCAUACCUACAAAAUUCCAACCUGUAG